AUGGCGGUCUCUGUUCCAGGACAAGCGAAGAAACAGCUGAAUGGCAUCACUUUACUAUGCAUGGCGUUCGUUAUAUGCAAUAGCUGGGCCGGUAUUGCUGGGAGUCUUCAACUGGCCUUGCGGGCUGGAGGACCAGCCACCCUCGUCUACUCGAUUCUUGUCGCCACAUCGGCCUACUUAUCCAUAGCAGCAUCGUUGGCAGAGCUGGCCGCCGUGUAUCCCACAGCAGGUGGCCAGUAUCACUUCGCCUCUAUUCUCGCUCCGAAGCGAUGGAGACGAGGGCUGUCUUAUACGUGCGGCUUAUUAUCGCUUUUCUCGUGGCUCGCUAUUGGAGUUUCCGUGGCUAGCAUCGCGGCUCAGCAGCUCCUGGCGAUAGUAUCGACAAGCAUUUCCGGGUUCGAGCCUAAGACUUGGCAUGUAUUCCUUGUCUACCAAGGAUUUGCUCUCUUUGCGAUGCUAUAUACCGCCUUUAUCUUGAAACGAAACCCUUGGACACACAACAUUGCAUGUUACUUGCAUAUACUAACUUCUCUGAGAUGGAUCCCAUUUGUCGUCAUGGAGCAAGGGUUCCGAUCACGUACAAUCGCCAUUGCUAUAUCUUCAGUCACCAUCAUCCUAUCGUUGACUAUUAUCAUUGCUACCCAGGAGGCCUCCUCUCGCCUAGCUUGGUCGUUGGCUCGUGAUGAUGGACUACUGUUCUCUCGGCGUCUUCAGCAACUUCAUCCACGGCUGGAUAUUCCCUUGUGGAGCCUACUCUUGGUCUGGAUUCUAACGUUCCUCUGCGGCUUCAUAUACCUCGCCUCGCAAACCGACUAUACUUGUGUGAUUCUGGGGACCUGCUUCUUGAUUGGUCUCGCCAACUGGUGGCUACAUGCUAAAGCACGGUACAACGGCCCAGUAAUGGACUAUCUGGAGGCUUCUGAGCCUGAGCCAUCUGAUAUCUUCCCCGUUCAGUCUCACAAACAUUGCAAGUCAGGAGAACUUGGCGUAUGA